GUUUCCAACAUAUCUAUUCUCUUUUUCUUUUUGUUUUCUCUAUCUCUCUCAACAGCAAAACAAUGUCGAGUGAAACGAUCGACCAAGAGAGAGACCAAAUCUUGUCUUUCAUCAACAUAAUCGAUGGUGAAGUUACUGAAGUCGCAACUCGGUUCCUUGAAGCAACGAGAUGGAAUCUUCAAGAUGCCGUUAACCUCUUUCUCAUGGCUAGGAGACUCCAGCAUCAUCAAGAACUAGAGAUCCCUAAUGUUGUUCCUUCCGUCUACGAUGCUGACAUCUGUUACACUUGUCCCUUCGCAAUAAGUACUGAAGAGAUCUGGGACGCGACACAAGAAGAUGAGGAACCCUACGGUUCUUCCUUGUACUGUCCUCCUCCGGAUCUGUUCUUCAGUGGCUCCUUCGAAGAAGCGAAAGCAGCUUCCUGUAGAAAGGAUAUGUGGUUGCUUGUCAACAUCCAAUCAAUGGAAGAGUUUGCUUGUCACACACUCAACACUGAAGUCUGGUCAAACGACGCCGUUUCUCAAACCAUCCGGUCCAGCUUCGUCUUGUGGCAGGUCUAUGAUGAUACAUACGAAGGUCAGAAAAUCUCUACUUUUUACGGUAACAUCUUUGUUCCUCCAGUGAUACUCCUCAUCGAUCCCAUCACUGGCCAGAAGAUGCAUACCUGGGCCGGUAUGAUUGAAGCUCAAGCUUUUCUCCAGGAGUUGAUGACGUACCUCGAUGUUGGUCCUCACGAACAUGUUGCGUCUCUGACAAGCAACAAACGUAUCAAAACAGAACCGAUUUGGUUUUCAAGCAGCCAGGCUUAUAAUGGUGGUGAUCAAGACAUGUCUACUUUCGCUGAUCCUCCUUUGCCCGAUUCCAUUGAAGAGACAUUAAUGUCUUUAACCGAGCUUGACGAGGAGGCUCGUUUGUUAAGCGACCUGUUUGAGUUCCCGGCUUUGACAGAAGAGCCAAAAGAAGAUUGCGAUCCAAGCCUGCUAUGCAGUCUCUGCGUUCGUUUUCCAGAUGGGAGAAGAAAGCAGAGGAAGUUUCUCAAGAGCGAACCAGUUCAGCUUCUCUGGUCUUUCUGUUUUUCUCUCAUGGAGGAGUCCGAGGAAAAAGCCUUCAAGCUUGUGCAGGCGAUUCCUGGUGCUACCAAGACUCUUGAUUAUGGAGCUGAAGCCACCUUUGGUCAAUCUGGGAUUGCUAAUUCGAUGGUCUCUGUUACUUGGGAUCACAUCUUUCCUCGAGAUCGCUGUCGGUGAGACCAGAGAAACCGCAAGGAGAUUUUACAGAGAACAGACUGGAAGAUUGAUGAAGCCAUCAACCUCUAUCUCACCAACAACAACACUACUUUAAUAGAGGGCUCGACAACAUCAGGAACGUCCGAUGAUGAUUCAGACUCGAGUUCUUCUUCCUCGUUUAGCCCUCCUUUUUAUAUGCUUCAAGAGGGUUCGUUUGUAGAUGCCAAGUCUGUUUCAAUAGGAAAUAACAAAUGGUUGAUAGUGAAUCUCCAGUCGAGGAAAGAGUUAGCUUCUCGUACACUUAAUCAAGAUGUAUGGGGAAACGAAGCGGUUUCUCUAGCAGUUGAGCCUAACUUCUUUUUAUGGCAGGUCUAUAAUGAUACAGUCGAAGGUAGGAAAGUCUCUAGUUUCUACAGGGUUGAAUCUGCUCCUCCUGUGGUGCUUGUUAUCGAUCCCAUUACUGGCCAGAAGAUGGGUAUGUGGAGCGGCGAGAUCGAAGCUGACAGUCUUUUGGAGGAUUUGAUGAAGUAUACGGACGCUGGUCCUCACGAAUACAUUGCUUCUCUGACAAGGUACAGGCACACGGAAACUACAGAGACUUGUUUGUCAAGCAACAACGCCUAUGAACCCCCUCCUCCUUCCUGGGGUGAAGAUUUUGAAAAUGAGGAUAACAAUCAAGUUGCGGCUCCUUGCUGGGACCAAGCAUAUGAAAAUCAAGACCAAGCAUAUGAAUAUCAAGACCAACCAUAUGAAGAUCAAGACCAAGCAUAUAAUGAAGAUCAAGACCAAGAAUAUGAAGAUGAAGACGAGAGGGAGGUUUGGUCAUCAGUAAGAGAGAGUGAUGACUUUGUGCCUCCGUUUAUUGGGGAAGAAUAUGCAGAGACUGAUGAAGAUGAGGCUUGUAUAGAGUUCCCGGUUCUCACAGAAGAGCCAAAGGGAGACAUUGAUCCAAGUCUUGUGUGUAAUCUCUGCGUCCGGUUUCCAGAUGGGAGGAGAAAACAGAGGAAGUUUCUCGAGAGCGAACCGGUUCAGCUUCUUUGGUCUUUUUGCUAUUCUCAGAUGGAUGAAUCUGAGAAAAAGGCUUUUAGUCUGGUUCAGGCGAUUCCUGGUGCUUCCAAGACUCUAGAUUACGGAGAUGACGCCACAUUCGAGCAGUCCCGGCUUGCUAAUUCGAUGAUCUCGGUUACUUGGCAAUGAAGCUUUCAACGUUUAGUUUAACCAAAAAUAUGUGUUUUAAAUUUCUCGGAUGUGGUGCUGAGUUGAUCAUUCUUUGUUCUUUUUAAAAUUCAUUGUGAAAUAACCUUUUCUAGUACAUUCUCUUUUGUGUGAGUCAAUUAGGAUUAUCAUGUUUAA